AUGGGAAGCCACUUGUGGCCAGAAUCGCGGUUGGAAUUGUACAAACUUGACCCCCAAGUGCCAGUACACAGGCUGACCAUAGUCCAGGUUGCCCUUCAGCUAGGCGUCUAUGCCUACUAUGUCUGGUUCCACCCAUUUUCAAAGUUCCCCGGCCCUCCUCUAUCCAAGAUUUUCAACCUGCCGUGGCUGUACACUACGUUGAUCAAAGGCAACGGCCCAAAGUCACUCUUGGGGCUCCAUCAAAAGUACGGCAAGAUCGUCCGACUCGGUCCCAAUCACCUGGCCAUAGACGGCUCGAUCGGCUUCCCUCAGGUGUUUGGCAACAGAAAAGUCGACCAUCCGAAGCAGGCCAAUUACUUCCUCGACUUUCCCGAUUCCAUCAUCGGUUCCAACACCGAGGUCCAUCGACGACAACGCCGCCAGCUCAACCCGGCCUUUAGCGAGUCGGCCCUUAAAGAGCAAGAGCCCACGAUCUGGCGCUCCGUCGACCUGCUCCUGGAAAAGGUCGGCGAGAAGGAAGCUUCGGGGGAGUCUGUAAACAUCGUGGAAUGGGUGAACUUCACCAUCUUUGACAUCAUUGGGGACCUCAUGUUCGCCGAAACGUUCCACAGCUUGGAACGGAGCGGCUACCAUCCGUGGGUCCAGAGCAUCUUUACCGGCGUCCGGAUGGCGUCGAUAGCCCGCUUUCUGCGCUGGUACAUUCCCAACUGCGUGCUCGUUAUGUGCAUGCACCUCAGCGGGGUCAUGAAGUUGGUCCACCAGAACCGGGCUUUCGCUAAACAAAGGAGCCAGGCACGCAUGGACAUAGGCGCCGUGCCAGAGGAGGGCCGUCGUGACUUUAUGACUUACAUGAUGAGAAAGGACCGGAACGGCGAGGGCCUGAGUGAGACUGAGAUAUUUGCCAAUUCCCCCCUCAUCGUCGGCGCCGGCAGCGAAACAUCCGCGACCGCGUUGGCCGGGCUUUUCUUCCAUCUCGCCCAAACUCCGUGGGCAUACAAGGCCGUGACAGACGAAAUCCGAACCAAGUUUUCCUCGACGGACGAGAUCAACGCUCAGCGUGUUUCUUCCCUCGAGUAUCUCAUUGUGUGCAUCGACGAAACACUGCGAAUUUAUCCUCCAGUGUGCGAGUCGCCACCGCGCGAGUCUACCGCAGACACCGUCGUCGAUGGGAACUUUUUCCCCAAGGGGGCAAUCAUAACGGUUUCCCACUAUGCCACGUAUCACAAUCCAGACAAUUUCAGCGAGGCCGACUCAUUUAGGCCACAGAGAUGGUUCCCACCAGGCCACCCGCUAUAUGAAGAAAAGUUCAAAAACGACAACAAGGCGGCGUUCAAGCCCUUCAGCUUUGGAAACAGAGAGUGUUUGGGGCAGAAACUCGCCCACGCCGAGAUGCGGAUUCUUGCGGCUCGAUUUCUCUAUCGGUUCGACUUCGAACUGUGCCGCAACCAGGAGAAUUGGGACGAUCAGCUUGCAUGGGUAAUAUGGAAUAAAGGGCCCCUGAAUCUAGUUUUACGGCGAAGGGAAGGUUGA